CCUUCGUUUCGUUUCAGUGCAAGUGUGUGUUGCUCGCGAAUCAGGUGUGUUCGUCUGUUUAGAGGAGACUGAAUAAAAGAAAAACUUUCGGAUCACGAUGGGAGCUUCCUCCAGCACUCCGAGGACCGUCACCGUAGAAAACGAUUCGCCAGCCGGCGUGAUCGACAUCUCCGACGACGUAGUGCAGCGGCUCAAAACGGGACUGCCACCGAAGGAAGGAGCUCGCCAGCAGCAGCAUAGUGCGCCCCGCCCAGCUGGUGAUGGCAGCGGGCCAAGUUCGUACCCCAAUCCAAUGCCCCCGCCACCGGCCGGCUAUGGGGAACCCUCGCUGACGUCGAUGCAAGUUCGCCGCGAGAAGGAGCAAGAGCUCCGGGCAAACGACGUCUACUGGACCAAACGUUUGCAAACCUUGGAAGCGAACCUCCAUAAAACAAACCAAAUUAUGGAGAAGGAAUAUAACGAUGCGAUUGUCGAUGUCAAAAAACGCUUCGAGAGCACCGCCGUAGCCCAUCAACUGCCACCGUGCCAGGAACUGAAGGCAAAAGUGGUCGAAUGUUACAAGAAGGACCAGCACGAAACGCUGAACUGUUCCGCCGACGUUCGGGCGUUCACCGAUUGCGUUAAUCUGCACCGUAUUCAAAUACUGAAGGAAAAAGCCUCCGUCGAAAAGCCAGCGGAGGGAAAAUAAUUGAACGGGAUUUUUGAGCUGCUAAAUUGAUCAUCGCUAUAGGAAAGGUAAUUUGUGUUCUUUCGUUUGUACAUAAAAAAGAGAUAAAUUAUCGAAAACGGUUACCCCGAAGCAGCAAGCUUUAUUCACCAAUGUUUCUGAUACAGAUAUGAUCUUAGCAGAUAGAAGCUUAAAAGACGAUUUAAACCCUCCAGAGCGUUGCUAAUUUUA